AUGUUUUUCUGCCUCAGUAUUGCAAACCGUGUAUUUCAGAUAGAACAGGCAACAGGUCGAUCUACCUAUGUUCAGCGAAGCCGGCCGGACAUCCAUGACCGCCUGUCUGUUCGAAAACCUAGGAGUGAAGAAAUGAGCACUGAUCAGGAUUGGACAGCAGUUUGGCCCGCAGCAAGAUCUUUUGCUUCUUCUGUAGUCCCACUUCCAGUUAGGAUGGGAACGCGUCCAAACCCCGAAAAGCGAGCGCCAUUUAAGAAGCAGGGUAAUCUGGAACUUGUGAAGAUUCCAAAUUUCCUUCAUUUAACACCUGCUGCUAUAGAGAAGCAUUGCAAUGCCAUAAAAAAAUUCUGUACCCAGUAUCCUCAAGAGCUUAUAGAGAACAAAGAUUUAGUAGAAAGCGAAUUUCCCAUGAAAAUUAAUUACAACACUUAUGUUCACCAGGGAACGAAUAUCAGAGACAAUCGGGCUCGCGUCAUCACGUUACAGGAUAAACUCAUCCGUCUCGCUGGUGAUCGUUAUGAUGAGAAGACAGACACUUUGACAGUUAUCACCGAUAGGUGUAUCACAAGAAAACAGAAUCUUGACUACGCGUUCUAUCUGCUAACCGCAAUAUAUCAUGAAGCUAACAAGGUAGAAUCCUGGGAGGAAUUGAAGCAGCGUCAGGAUAGUCUCAAGGUUGAGUUCGAAGGGUCAGAAACGCAAAAGAAACUGGUUUCUUUCCUCAAGCAUGCCGUCAAAAAUGAAAAGCUUGAAACUCCUCUCAAAGUUGGCGGUGAUGUCAGCGAAAGUCAAAUUACUACCGAUUCCCACGUUCAAGAGUUUGGAAAAUUGUGGAACAAGUACAUAAAUGAGGAGGAAACACCCGAAUCGACAAGGGAGUACGCGAAGAGCAUUAAAACUUUGCUUGGCAUAAAAUCCCCCACGAUAGGAAGUCCAAAUAAUGUGAAUGUCAGUUCAUCUUGA